AUGUCCAACUACCCACAGAUCACAAGGACGCUUAUGCGCGCCUCGACACCGCGAUCGCUCAGACCUGCGCUCAUACCAGCAGUGUCAAUCGCCCGACUUCAUCAGCAGGGACCUUCACGCUCUGCCGUGGUUCAUGAACAAGCACUGCCCCAAAGUCAGGCCACAGGACCGCCACCUCCUCCUCCAGUCGACGGAGCACCAUUCUAUACAUCGUCCCAGUCAACGCAGUCGCAAAAGCAAGCACCCAAUCAUCCCGAAAACACUACCAGCCUCGACGCUCUCAUUUCUCAAAUGCCUCUCGUUCAAUCACUCCGCCAAUCGCGCAGGCUAUACAAAGAAUCACGUCCUCAUCUCGCAAUCCCUCCAGCAAUUCGUCAACACCAUUUCGUCGGAGGUAGUCUGGCAGGAAACGGAAAGCUUGCAAUGGCGCCGUACAUGUGGACUUCGUCCCAAAAGUCCGAGUUGGAAGCCGGGAAGAAGACCGCGCGCACAAGCAGCGUCGUGUCAGUCUUCCAUAUCGGUCGUGAUUUGUGCGGUCAUCCGGGCUUUGUCCAUGGCGGUUUACUCUCCGUCUUGUUCGACGAGGUCUUUGCGCGGUGUGUCUCGGCAGCUUUCCCGAGUGGAUUGGGUAUGACUGCCAAUCUGAAUGUGGAUUUCCGCAAACCAGCUCUGCCUGAUCGGUUGUAUGUUUUGCGCGCCCAAACGACGAAAGUCGAUGGGCGGAAGGCCUGGGUUGAAGGUCGAAUGACCUAUGUGCCCUUGUCUUUGUCUGCGCCGCUUGAUGAGAAGAGCUUCGAUCACCUGCAGGACGGAGACUUGCUGAGUGAGGAUCAUGAGGGUGCUGUGAUGGUGUCAGAAGCCAGCGCCUUGUUCGUGGAGCCGAAAUUUGCUGAUUCAAUGGUGUCAGUCUAUCGAACUUGA